AUAUUAAGUUUUAUUUCUAGACAAUUUUUGUGAAACUUUUUUUUGCCUAAAGCAGGCACAUGGUUCAGUUGUUUAAAGAAAUUAAAAAAGCACAAGCUCAAAAAUAGGGCUGGUUUCUUACUACUUUAUGGCUUCGAAGAUCAUUCUGAAUCCUCUUGGUAGCGUUGAUAGCAUCAGCUAGCAGUAGGAUUUAACAUUACAUUUUCAUUUCGAUUAACUUGACUGCAAUUGUGCCUUCGCUGCCUCUUCAGAGCCCACUGUGGAAUAAAAUUAAAACAGUUUUUACGAUGUAACAGUUUAGUUGCAGAAAAUGGCAUUUUCCUUUUUCCCCGGAAUGGCACUGUGGUUUCUCCUUUCUCCCACUCAUCUUUCCCAGCACCACCAGAUGAAUUUUCCUGACGUGGUUCUCGUAUCCAACACGCUCCAGUGGCUCCUGUUGCCUUCCUCUCCUCGAAGACCCUCUCAUCCAUCAGAGGACCAGCCCCAAUGCUUUGCAUUCCUGUGAACAUGUCCUUGAUCGUCUCUGCUAAAGUCCCAUCUCCACUCCUGAUUUCCUCUUCCUCUACAUAGCACUCAUCAUGCCCUGCCUUUCAUGAAAUUACACAGGGAUGCAUCUCACCAGUGAGAAUGUUGAUUUCUUGAAUGCAGGCCCCCAGUCGUUAUAUCUGGCCCACUCCUCCAUUGCUUUGUGCAUAAAAGAGACUCAGAGAAUGCAUCGAAGGGCUGCGGGAGAACGACUACCUGCUGAUCCACUCCUGCCGCCAGUGGACCACCAUCACGGCCCACAGCCUGGAGGAGGGGCACUACGUCAUUGGGCCAAAGAUAGAGAUCCCGGUGCACUACGCGGGAAGGAAGCCACUUGCUGCAGGUGCUCGUUCGUUAGAAGGAGGCGCACGCCCCUGCACCCCUCCAGCCUCUGUGCUCAGGCUUCGUGCCCACCCACCGCAGAUCCCGGCUCUAGCGGCUCGGGAGUCCCCCAUCGCCUACACGGAGUUGAAACCAGGGGAACCUGUGAGAGCUGAGGGUCCACGGGAUAGGCCAAUUCAAGCUGCUGGAACAGGACCGAGAUAUAAAGGAACCAGUGCAAUAUUUCAACAGCGUGGAGGAGGUGGCCAAAGCGUUCCCUGAGCGCGUGUACGUCAUGGAGGAAAUAACGUUCAACGUGAAGGUGGCCUCGGGGGAAUGCAACGAGGACACGGAGGUGUACAACAUCACCCUGUGCACCGGCGACGAGCUCACGCUCAUGGGGCAGGCGGAGAUCCUGUACGCGAAGACCUUCAAGGAGAGGUCGCGGCUCAACACCAUCUUCAAGAAGAUCGGGAAGCUCAACUCCAUCGGCAAGCUGGGCAAGGGCAAGAUGCCCUGCCUCAUCUGCAUGAACCACCGCACCAACGAGAGCAUCAGCCUGCCCUUCCAGUGCAAGGGCCGCUUCAGCACGCGCAGCCCCCUGGAGCUGCAGAUGCAGGAGGGCGAGCACACCAUCCGCCACAUCGUGGAGAAGACGCGGCUGCCCGUGAACGUGACCGUGCCCAGCCCGCCGCCCCGGAACCCCUACGACCUGCACUUCAUCCGCGAGGGCCACCGCUACAAGUUCGUCAACAUCCAGACCAAGACGGUGGUGGUGUGCUGCGUGCUGCGCAGCAACAAGGUCCUCCCCAUGCACUUCCCGCUGCACCUGACGGUGCCCAAGUUCAGCCUCCCCGAGCCCCUGGGCCAGGGGGACCUGUGGCCCGAGGCCCUGGUGCACCACUGGCUGGGCGUCUGCCAGGAGCAGUUCGACAUCGACGAGUACUCCCGGGCCGUCCGCGACGUGAAGACGGACUGGAGCGAGGACUGCAAGAGCCCCAAGAAGGGCCGGUGCCCCGGCCACAGCCACGUGCCCAGCUCGCUCAGCUACGCGCGCGACGAGCUCACCCAGUCCUUCCACCGCCUCUCCGUCUGCGUCUACGGCAACAAUCUCCAUGGCAACAGCGAGGUGAACCUCCACGGCUGCAGGAACCUGGGGGGCGAGUGGGCCCCGUUUCCCCACGACAUCCUGCCCUAUCAGGACCCGGGGGACAGCGGAGGGAGCGACUACCUGUUCCCCGAAUCCAGCGAGGAGUCCACGGGGGUCCCGGCAAAGCCCGAGCUUCCGUACGAGGAGCUGUGGCUGGAGGAAGGCCACGCCGGCCACCCGCCGCUCGCCCGCUCGCUGAGCGCCAGGAGCCGGUGCGAGCAGCCGCGAGGGCCGGCCCGGUCCAAGUGCGCACCCUCUCCUCUGCCCGCGCCGCUGGGAGCAGCCGUGCCGCCUGCGGAGAUCGCCCUACCUCCACCUCCAGUGCCUCCCAAGUCCGAAGCCGUCAGGGAAGAGUGCCGGCUCCUGAACGCCCCGCCGGUUCCGCCCCGAAGCGCCAAGCCUCUGUCCACCAGCCCCUCCGUCCCGCCUCGCGCAGCCAGGCCCCGGCCGCAGACUCGCUCUCCCAGCCCCACCCUGUCCUACUACUCGUCAGGGCUGCACGACAUCAGCGUGACUAAGAGCGACGCCAGCCCUGCCGACAGCGCCCCCGCCUCCUGCUACCCAUGCCACCGUGGGAAGCCUGACUCGGUGGACCUGCAGUCCCCGCCGACCAGCCCCUCGGACCCGCUGUCUGCUCGGCUCUCCUGGCCCGGCCAUCACUCGGGAGCAUCCUCCGAGGGCCAUGCCCGCAGCGACUUCCUGCUGGACCCCAGCCGCAGCUACAGCUACCCCAGGCAGAAGACGCCGGGCACGCCCAAGAGACACUGCCCGGCGCCCUUGGACCUGGAGGGCCGCGAGCCCCUGGCCGGCCCCCCCAGCGCGGCCCCUGCAGGAUUCGGCGGCAGCAGCUCCGGCUGCCCCAAGUCGGCCAGCUACUCCCUGGGGAGCACAGACGAGAAGCCGCUGGCGGCUGGCACCACCAAGCAGAGCCUGUCGUGCCCCGCUCUGCCCCCCCGGGCCCCCAGGCCGGUGGAAGAGAAAGCCUCCUCCGGAACCCCGCCUUUGCCUCUGAAAAUCGACGGUGCUGAGGGGGACCCCACGGCGGGGUCCACGGACCUGGCCGAGGACCAGUACUUCGUGCCGAAGGGCGCGCAGGACAUCUUCUCGGUCCCGUACCCCUUCUCCUCGCCGCUCCACCUGCAGCUGGCCCCCCGCUCCUGCGGGGACGGCUCGCCCUGGCAGCCGCCCGCCGACCUGUCGGGACUCUCCAUCGAGGAGGUGUCCAAGUCCUUGCGGUUCAUCGGGUUGUCGGAAGACGUCAUCUCCUUCUUCGUGACCGAAAAGAUUGACGGGAAUUUGCUCGUGCAGCUGACAGAAGAAAUCCUCUCGGAGGAUUUCAGACUAAGCAAACUGCAGGUGAAGAAGAUCUUGCAGUUCAUCAGCGGCUGGAGGCCCAAGAUAUAGCCCCGCCCCCCGCCGGCAUCGCACGGACCGGGAACGCGUGCUCGAGGCGGGGCUGGGACGCGAGCUCAUGUUUUCUUUUGCACUAAAAACCUUCUCUGUAAAUAGGGGUAAGAGAAGCCCUCACUAGACAGAUCACGUUUUUGAACGGUGAACAGGCUAUUUUGUACAUCAAUAAAAACGCUGUACAGAACACUCAGAGGUGCCUUGUACGUCACUCAACACUCAGCAGCUGCUAAACGACAACAGGCGUGUCCCGAGUCGGGGUUCUCACCGCCAAGCAGGGCGAUGCGAGGCGGGAUGGUAUUUAUUACAGAAUAGCCAAAGCAGAAGAGACCCGAGGAUCUCUGAGAAACAAAACAAACCUACAGUUUUGGACAACAGUCCCUUCCUGGGGGGGAGAUCUGUGGUAGCGAGCGCUAUCCUGUGCCCUGUUGGGGUACUCAGUGCGAACUGUCUUACUCUUGUGCCUGGAAUGUUAGUGAUAUGAAAUGACACUGGAAUGUGAGGUGCUCGGUGGGGGUCUGUGCAUCGAAAGGCAUUUCCCAAAAGUCGUGUGUGGAUGGAAGACACAGGACGUCCUUAGAAAUCGUACACACCGUGACCACGGUCAUUCAUCCGUAACUGCUGCUAAUUUUAUUGAGCAGAAGAAGAAAAAAAACAACAACACAGAAUAGAUCCAAUAUGUGUGUAAAUGUCUACGCAAUACAUAUGUGUAUGUUUUAAACCUCA